AAUGUUACACCCAAGAGUGGCUUGUCCCACCAUUCCAGUCCCCUUUGCAAAGGGGCAGAGGAUGGCUUUUCACGAGUCUCAGAGGAACAGGGCACCUGGGUAAUCCAGUCCAUGUUGUAAGUCACCUCUCUUGGUUCAGGCCAAGUCAGAGCGCUCAGGGGCUCUGCCAAAACAGAAGCUUGCCUGCCCUGGGGUGGGUGGGGUAAUGAGAUGGAAUUGGUUUAGAGCCAUCAUCUCUCACCACAAGGGAAGGCUGCAGUGUCCCUGGAAAGACAUUGUCUGAUUCUGCUACUAAUUUGGUUCAAAUGACCUUGAAAGGCUGGGGGAUUUCUGUAACUCUCCUCCAUAUAUAAAGAGCUGCAAAAAUGAGAUGUCAGGACGGUGCCCAUGGCCUUCAGAAACUGAAGCUGAGGAGUGGACAGAGGUGCUUUGAGACUUGCCCCCUUUCCACCCCCGCAGGACAUCAGCUCAUCUGCGAAUUCAUCUUCAAGGGAGGGGAUGAACAAUCAGUACGUCCGUCGGGAAGUCUUCUGCUGUGAAACUUGUCGUGAGCUCAAAAGCUUCUGGGAAAAAGAAAUUAGCAAACAGACUUGUUACCGGGAACUGGAGGAAGAUCGUCAGGGAAGGAGCGCCCUCGGGAAAGGCCCUGGGAAAUGGGAUUGA